CUGAGUAACAUAUAUUUUAUAUUUUUAAAUUUGGACUUACCUAAAGUAAUUGAAUUAUCGGUAAAAAUUAUCAGUACAAAUUACCAGCAUAUCAAUAAUCAAUAUAUAUCGAUUUAAAAUAAUCGUCGUGUAUUAGGAAAGCAUAAUACUUUUAAACAGUCGUUCGCCAGAAAGCUGUACUAUAACAACUGACUAUAUUGACUAUGGAUAUCGAAAUUUGUGAUGUUUUUGAAACGCGUCGAGGAAAAAAAUGUUUAAACAUAGAAAAUUAUAAAUUUAGAGAAUUCCGAACUUUAAAAUCUGGUGAUAAAAAUUUUAGGUGUACAAAUAAAAAUUGUUCCGUAAGUGCUGUAGUUAGGUUAGUUAAUGAAUCAUAUAAAAUUUUAAAAAUUACAAACACGCAUACCCAUGACGAGUACGACGACCGAACAAUUCAUCGAGAAGUAGUAAGAAGCAAUUUGAAACGUAGAGCCGAAGAGGAUUUACAUAUUAAACCAAAUAAACUAAUACGCCGGGAAUUGAAAAACAACGAAAAAUCUGAACAUCUUCAAUAUAGCGAUAUGAAAUUAAUUCGAAGAUCCAUGUAUGAAAAACGAAAAAAAUCCUUUCCAAACAUACCGAGAUCUUUAGAAGAUGCUAAAAAACAAUUAGUUGAUGAUCAGCAUAAUAUUACUUACAAAGGUAAUAAAUUUUGUUUCGUUAGUGAUGAUGAAAAUAUAUUUAUAUUUACAUGUAAACAAAAUUUGGAAUUGCUACAAAGUGCAGAACACGUUUUUGGGGAUGGGACAUUUUCAUUCGCUCCGAAAUAUUUUGUUCAACUUUAUACUAUUCACGUAUUUACAAACAAUUUUUAUGUUCCUGUGGCAUUUUGUUUUUUAAGUAACAAACAUACUGAUACUUACAUCAGUAUGUGGAAAACAUUACAAAAUAUAUGUAUUCAAAUUACUGGUAAUAUAAUAAAUUUAAGCAAUUUUCAUGUCGACUUUGAAAAAUCUGCGCAUAAUGCAGUAUUGCAAAUUUUCCCUAAAUGCAAAAUCAUGUGUUGUAACUUUCAUUUAGGGCAAAACUGGUUUAGGCAUAUUCAACAACAUAAAUUAUUAUCGAGCGAGUACUUAAACAACGACUCAGAAGUUGGAAAAUGGAUGAAAUGUUUUUUUGGAUUAAGUUAUUUACCCCCUGACGAAGUUUCCGAUGGAUUUUGUGAUCUUAUGUCAAUAGCACCAAGUACUACGUCUAAUAUUUCUAUAUUUUCCGAUUAUAUUUUAGAAAAUUACAUAACAUCGGACAGCAAUUUCCCUCCAACAUUAUGGGCUUGUGAACCUACUAAUAAUCCUAAGACUACUAAUGGUGCCGAGAGUUAUCACAAACAAUAUAAUAGUCAGUUUUACACUGCUCAUCCGCACAUACAUCAAGUAAUCGACGUCAUUAUUGGAAUUCAAAGUGACACUGAUUUAAAAAUUAAUUCGAUAAACAAUAAAAUCAUAAAUUUCAAAAGAAAAGAGACAAUUAAUAAGGAGAUACAAUUGGAAAACAUUUGGAAUGAAUAUAAAAAUAAUAUUAUUAAUCGUUUAACUUAUAUGAAGAAAAUCGGACUUAAAUGUCACCAUUCUAAAUUAGUAUAAUUUU